AACAGCUGAUUGCAGUGACAGUCAGAUCUUGGAAGAUAAAACCGAGUUGAGUUGUGGCCUGGAUCCCUUGUUAAAAAUUCCUCUUUCGUGUUAAGGUUCUUAAAAGUUGAAAGGUGGAACUAAACAGUCUUCAAUUAGGAUGUCCCUUCGCCAGUUAGUUGAGCCCGACUGCGGGGGUGCAAACCCUCUAGUGAGACUGGGGACUCAUGUGACCAGGGACUCUGCGUAUAAGGAUGAAGGUCUUGGCCGCGGAAGUCAAGGACUAAUUUCACGAGACGUUCUUUCUGAGGAUCAACUGGUGAAUGAGUUUCUAGGACAAAUUAACGCACCCACUCAGACAUUUCGGAUGGAUGCGUUGCUGCAAGAAAUGCGUGAGAUGGAUGCACAUAACUUCCAGGCAAAUGUUGUUAAAGCUCCACUUGUAAUAGAUGAAGUAAAUAGCGGCGCAGAAUGGAUAAGGGAAUAUUCUUUUGAGAAAAAUUCAGAUAACCAGGCAGGCAAUAUGGAUUUUAAUGAGUUUUGGAAUACAAGGCUACCCCCACCUGGUCAUGUACAGCAAAAAAAUGUUCAAUGGGUUCAAGAGUUUUUUGAUGUAAACCAAAAUGGAGAGACUACCGAUGGAUUAGCUUCUUCAAUAAAUUAUAAUGAGUUUGCCAGAUUUCAAGAUUCAGUUGACGGGGCUAUUUUAGAUGGUCCUGUGAUUUCAAACAAUGAACCUUUAAAAUCUGAUGAAGCGCUUUCGGCGAAAUGGCUAGAGGAAUUUGAAAACAAUAAAAUGGACGAGGCUGCGAGAUCUGAAGAAUAUAACCAAAAAUUCUGGGAUAAAUUACAAGAUGAAUGGAAGAAAAUAUCAGAAGAUAAUGAUGCUGAACAUCCGUGGCUAAGUGAAUUCACUGAUUAUUAUGACCCAUACAAGGAGUAUAGUUUUUCUGAGGAAAACCCGAUGCUUAAGGACGAAAAUGCCCUUGAAAAGGGGAAGGAGUUCUUAAAACAAGGGGACAUACCGAGUGCAGUUUUAUGCUUCGAAGCAGCCGCUAAACAAAGUCCUGAAAAUGCGGAAGUUUGGGAAUUGUUAGGUAAAUCACAGGCUGAAAACGAAAUGGAUCCUAACGCUAUUGCUGCUCUGAAAAAGUCUUUGGAGCUGAAUCCGAACAAUCCGUCAGUUUUAAUGGCCUUGGCAGUUUCUUACACAAAUGAGAGUCUGCAAAGUCAAGCACUGAAAGUUCUGGUCACCUGGUUACAUUCCAACCCUGGUUACAAACAUCUUGUACCAUCGAAUCUUAUAUCAUUUGAGGAAGGAUCAGUAACCAGUUCAAUAAUUCGCGGACCAGAAUUAAAAGAAAUUCAAAAUAUAUUCCUUGAAGCAGUAAAACAAAAUCCAAAUGAAAUCGAUGCAGAUAUUCAAGAAGCCUUAGGUGUUCUUUUUAAUCUUUCAUCAGAAUAUGAUAAGGCAGUUGACUGUUUCCGUGCUGCGGCUCAAGUUCGGCCGGAUAACGCGAAAAUUUGGAAUCGUCUUGGGGCAAGUUUGGCGAAUGGGAAUCGGUCAGUAGAAGCUGUGGAUGCAUAUCAGAGGGCUCUUGAAAUCGAACCUGGGUUUAUACGUGCUCGAUACAAUGUUGGAAUCAUUUGCAUGAAUUUGAAAGCUUACAAGGAAUCAGUGGAACAUUUGCUGACCGCAUUAAAUAUGCAAGCCACUUCUUUCACCCGUUCUGGCCUUGCCGCGGCAACGGAGAGUUCCAAUCAAAUGUCGAAUACUAUUUGGAGUACCUUGAGAAUGGUUGUAUCAUUGAUGGGCCGUCGUGAUUUGCAAGAGUCGUUGGACGCUAGAGAUUUGAAUGCAUUAAAUUUGGCGUUUAAUUCUGCAUGAGUUCAGUACAUAUUUUUCUGUUGUUAUUAACACAUACUUUUAAUUAUUUUUAAUUGAACCGAAUAUACAUAUAUAUAUGGCUUUUGGGAAAUCCA